AUGCUGCCGUACCUGUUCCCCGAUCUGUCCACCUUUACUACAGUCGCCGAUCUUAUCACCCACCUUCGCACUAGUGAUGCUCGCCUGCGUGCCGCCCUUCCCACCGAGUUCUGCGCUAAGAACCCCCCUCCACUGUACUGGACACUCCACUUCAUAGUCACCCGUCUCCCUGACACCCUCCGCUCAGUUCGAGACCACUUCCUUGCUCGCUGUCCCACUGAGCUCACAGUCGCCCUCCUAGAGGAGCAGCUGCUCGCGGCCGAAAAGAGCAUUGUAGCUGUCGGUGCUGCUCGUGGCGCUCCUCGCACCCCCAUCUUUGAGGGGUGUUCUCCCUCUCCCCUCGCUCCCUCCUACGCUGCUGCUGCUGCUGUUGACUUCCUUGGUGCUGACUCCCAGCAGCAGCAGCGUCCCCAGACGACCCAGCAGCUUCGUGAGUGGCUUGCUCAGCGUGGGACGUCGGGGGGCAGUGGCCGCUGUUCUUAUGUCAUUCGCACAGGUGACCGCAAGGGACAGACGUGUGGGAGGUUCCACACCCCGUACCGCUGCUUCUCCCGCCUUGACGACGCUUGGCGUGAGGAGAUGGGUGCGGAUGUUGAGCGCCCCCGCUGGGCUGAGCUCAUGAGGGCUGGUGUUGAUGUCUUUGCUCUUGACUAUGAUGCUAUUAUUGCUGCCAUGUAUGCAUUGACUGUUAGUGCCGAGGGAGACUGUUACUUGUGUGUGCCGCCUGACCCAGGUAUAGAGCCCGCUGCCCUGGGUACUAGUGAGUCUGCUCUCUCUGGUAUGGUGCCCCCUGUACUUGCUCCCCCCAGUGCUGUCCCGGCUGGUUUCGAGUCUGCUCUCUCAGGUACAGCACCCACAGAGACUGCUCUCUCAGGUACCGCACCGACUGAGGCCUGUCACACCUUCACCCUUGACUCAGUCCUUGCCCAGUCCACCACUGUCCUCCCUUGUCCGGCGGUUCCGUCUGGCUCGUUGUCGGGUUUCCACCUCCCCUCGUUCUCGACGAACCUGACCCUCCACCUGGACGUGUGGGGCCCAGCCCGCGUUCGUGGUCAGGGCGGUGAGCGGUAUUUUUUGCUGGUUGUCGACGACUACUCGCGUUACACCACGGUCUUCCCCUUGCGCACCAAGGGUGAGGUCCCUGCUGUUCUGAUCCCUUGGAUCCGCACGGUUCGUCUCCAGCUCCGCCGCCGUUUCCGGACGGAUCUUCCUGUCCUGCGUCUGCACUCUGACAGAGGUGGUGAGUUUUCCUCCGAUCUCUUGAGGACCUUCUGUCAGGCGGAGGGCAUCGAGCAGACCUUCACGCUUCCGGACUCCCCACAGCAGAAUGGGGUUGCUGAGCGCCGCAUUGGCCUGGUCAUGGAGGUCGCUCGUACCUCCUUGGUCCACGCGGCGGCUCCCCAUUUUCUGUGGCCGUUUGCUGUCCGGUACGCCGCGCAUCAGCUCAACCUCUGGCCCCGUGUCUCCUUGCCGGAGACCUCGCCCACACUGCGUUGGACGGGGGAGGUUGGCGAUGCGUCGCGCUUCCGGGUGUGGGGCUCCCGUGCCUUUGUCCGCGAUACCACCGCGGACAAGGUCUCCUCUCGCGCCAUUCCCUACGUCUUCCUUGGCUUUCCCCCUGACACGCCUGGCUGGCAGUUUUACCACCCCACCUCGCGCCGUGUCUUCGCGUCCCAGGACGUCACCUUUGACGAGUCGGUUCCCUUCUACCGUCUCUUCCCCUACCGCACUGCCCCUCUUCCCCCCCCGCCGCUCUUCCUCGCUCCAGGUCACUGGUGA